AUGACUGUCACUCAUAAUACUCAAGAUCUAUUGAGUCCAUUAACACGUCUUUUAUCUCCUACAAUGUUAAAUGAACAACAAACUCAAUCGACAAAUAACAACAAUAACAGUCAUCAAUCGUUACCGUGGUUAUAUAUACCAAAACGUAUUAUUGUUGCUCUUCUAACAUCAUUUGGAUUACUUUUAUUAUCAGUGGUACAAACAAAUUUUGCAAUAACAGCAUCAUUUAUAUUAAAUCCAAAAGAUUCGAAAGACAUACCAGUUGAUGCAGAUACAUUGUCAUAUACUACUUCAAAAAUUCAGUGGACAUCGGUAGAAAUGGGCUAUUUAAAUAGUAUAUUUUAUUUGGGUUACAUUGCUACACACAUUCCAAGUGGUUAUCUUGUAACUAAAUUAUCACCAACACGAUUAUUUGUAUAUCCACUGUUGAUCAUGCUCAUUUUAAAUUUUUUUCUUCCAUUCUCAAUUAGUAUACUUUCAAAUCAAUAUCAUAUAAAUUAUUAUUCAACAGCCAUUAUUCGAUUAUUACAAGGAUUUUGUGCUGGAUGUGCUUUUCCAGCUAGUCAUGGUAUAGUAGCAAACUGGUGUCCACCGAAUGAACGAGGACGAAUGGGUGGAUUUAUUUAUACUGGGCUCUAUGCUGGACCUGUUCUCGGAUUUGCUCUAGGUGGUCUUAUAGCAAAAUAUUUUGGACAUUAUAUCAUUUAUUAUGCGACAGGUAUGCUCGGUUUAAUAUGGUCAUUAACAUUCAUUUUAUUAAUUUAUGAUUCACCACGUGAACAUCCAACAAUUUCCAAAGCCGAAAAAGAUCAUAUUGAAAAAAGUAUUGCAGAAGUGGCAUCAUUAUAUGAACCAAAACCAGUACCAUGGCGUGCAAUCUUAACAUCAUUACCCGUGUGGGCUAUUGCAUUUGCUCAUUUUGCUCGUGGUUGGACAUUUUAUUUAUUAUUAACAAAUCAACCGGCAUUUUUAAAUGCAUUCGGAUUUUCAGUAGCUGAAAAUGGAACACUGGGUUCAUUACCUCAUAUUAUGAAAGUUUUAGUGGCAUUACAAAGUGGAUUUUUAGCAGAUUAUAUGAGAUUAAAAUUAUGGUGGUCAACAAAAACUGUUCGAAAAAUAAUGACUUGUACUGGUUACAUAGUUGAAGCAAUGUGUUUAAUGGUUGUUUGUCACGUUCAUAAUGGGUAUAUUGGCAUUGCUCUACUAACAAUUGGUGUUGGAGCUAGUGGACUUAUGGUAUCAGGGUGGCACUUAAAUCAUCAAGAUUUAGCACCACGUUAUGCAUCGGUUCUAGCUGGUUUCACUGCAUUUAUAGGUACAACGGCUGGUAUAAUAAGUCCGAUCAUUGCUGGUAUACUUACGAGAAAACAAGAUAUACUUGGUUGGACAUAUGUAUUCACGAUAUGUUCAUUAGUUUUAUUUGGAGCUGCAAUAUUCUAUUUCUUUUUUGCAGCUGGUGACUUGCAAAUCUGGGCUACACAUGUUGAAACACAAACGGUUCGUUUACAUUCUGAAAAAUUACCAUCGGUGACAGCAUUUGAACAUAGUAUUCAAGAAGAUGUACCAAUAAAAAAACAGAAAAAUAACAGUCAAAGUUUUAUGACGAGUAGUUACAACACAUUCAAUGAUGAUCAGAAUAGUAACAAUAUUAUUACAAAGAAUUAA